AUGGGCUGGCACUUCUAUUUCAGGAUUUAUUGUCAAACCUGUGGAUGGUUCUUAAGCCUGCUGAGCGCGGACGUUGCGGUGGCUACACCGCUGAUAUCCAUGGGCGCGUUACUCGGUAAGACGACCUACAUGCAGCUAGUGUUCAUGGGCAUCCUCGAGCUAAUCAUGUUCACCGUGAACAAGUACGUGGGUGAGCAUCUGCUCGUGGUAGUUGAUACUGGUGACAGCAUGUUUGUCCACGCAUUUGGAGCGUACUUUGGAUUAGCAGUCAGUUUUGUAUUUGGAAUGAAGGAUAAACCAAAGAAACACCACUUGGAGGGACCAUUCUACAACUCCGACAUUUCCGCCAUGAUAGGCACUGUGUUUCUGUGGCUGUUCUGGCCGUCGUUCAACAGCGCCUCCAUCCAAGGGGACGAUCAGCAGAGGGCCAUUAUAAACACCCUUCUGUCGAUCGCAGCCAGCUGUGUGAUCGCGUUCGCGACCUCAGCCCUGGUCUCGAAGGACAGCAAAUUCAACAUGGUGCACGUGCAGAACUCGACUCUGGCCGGCGGUGUGGCCAUCGGCACUGCAGCAGGUAUGAUGUGUCAACCCGUGGGCGCAUUGGUCGUAGGUGCUUUAGCCGGACUCCUCAGCGUGCUUGGCUACAAAUAUCUCACGCCACUGAUCCAGAAACGUCUGAGGAUCCACGACACGUGCGGUGUCCACAAUCUUCACGGAAUGCCAGGAGUGCUGGGUGGCAUCUUCGGUGCGUUGAUGGCCGGCCUAGCCACGGAAGCCUCUUACCAUUAUUCCCUUUAUGAGAUCUUCCCAGCUCGAGCACCAAGCUCUGAUGCUGAAGAUUUGGCUGAGAUAACAGACAAUUAUGGUAUAUCGGCUGGACUGAACAGAACAGCAGGACAGCAGGCCGCCUAUCAAUUAUUGGUACUUGUGAUCACUCUUGCAAUUGCCAUCGUUUCUGGAUUAAUAACAGGACUAAUGAUGCGCUUGCCGAUUUGUGGCUCGAUUUCCGAGGAGCAGAAAUUCGACGACGAGGCUCAUUGGGAAUUAGAAGAGGAAUCCUCGCAGGAAUCGAAAAGCAAAGACGGGAACAGCUGUGGCGAUCAACUACCGAUGGGCCAUAUCUGAGGAGGAUCCACCUUAUCAACAG